UCACAGGCUCAAGACCGGAUACAACCCAACACCACCGGUUACCAAUGGUCCACUAACCAGACCGGCUCUUGCUACCGGACCUACGCCUUUUACCGAGCUUCAGCUCCUAAUUUCCUCGACCAUGCCUUCAUUGGUGACCUCUUCUCCAUUAGUCGCCCUAUGAUUGUAGGACCAAGCAACAUUUCUUCUCCUACUUCAACUUUAGCCCCAAACGAACCCCUCUUCGUUCAUCUAUCUUGCUCCUGCAACUUCAUCAACUCAACCUUCAGUGCCAUCAAGAAAGGAGACAUGUUUUGCCAAGUCUCCAUGUUUAGCUACAGGAACCUCACGACCUACCAAUUCGUAGAAGUCGUGAACCCUAUCCUCAUCCCGACGAAUUUGAUGAUAGGUGUUAGUGCCGUGUUCCAUGUGUUCUACAAGUGCCCUAACACGACGCAGUUGCGAAAGUGUCGCGAUUGCCAGUGCAGACGCAGCUUUCGGUUAAUACUUUGGCGGCCCCAGCUUCAUCCCCUACCGUAUCACCUGUAACUUCCCGCGACAAAACAGGAACUGUGAGAGGAUUGACGAUUGGGUUAGGAAUUUGUCAAAGCUCAACAAUCAGAACCAGAAAACCCUUUCCUUUCUCCACUCGUGCAGA